AUGUUCAAAAUCGACGACUUCAAUGCAGCAAGAUUGUUAAUGGUCGGAGAACCUUCCGCCGUUCCCGGCGAAUUUCCCGUCACUGUUGCAGCUUCAAUGAAGCGAGGCUUAGUAUGUGUGGGAUAUACCGGAGCAAAGGCCGGUGUCUCUUGUGCUCCCUUCACGCUCGAGGGACUGGGCCCGAUGAAACAGGUGCUUGAUUUUGAUCUCAACCAGACCACGCCCCCUACAGGCCCCACGAAUACCAUCGCCCAGGUAUUUUUCACUGAAAAUGAUACUCGUCUUAUUACCACUGUCAAAGGGGAUCCGACUACCAAUAAGACCGGUUUCAUCUCUGUUUUGCCAUUCAAAGAUUCCUACUCAUCUACAUUCGAAAGCCACGAUGUACGGACCUCCCCACCCGGAACUGCUGUGCUUUUUGGCGGUGUUAGUAUCCCCGACACUUCUGAUCUAUUCAUAACGGAUGCAUCGUUCGGAGCCACACUUCUCAGCCUCCAUCCGACUACAGACAGGGUGUCUCUCCUGCACAAAACCGUCAUACCUGGUCAAAAAGCGACGUGCUGGGCCGCAUAUUCCAAGGCAAGGGAAAGUGUCUUUGUCACUGAUGGGGCAGCCGACCGACUGGUCGAGAUCAGUGAACAUGACUCAAAAAUCAUGUCGACUCUUGACUUGAAAAACGGCGAUCCUGGACUCCUUGAUCUUAAAGUUUCUGGCCGCUUUGUGUAUGCGCUUUCUCCCGGCAAUGGCACUAUGCCUGCCGCAAUCACGGUGGUGGAUUCCUUCCAGGGUCAGCAGAUUCAGUAUUUCCAGCUCGAAAAAUGGGGUGCGGGCAAGCGCUCCCAGGGCAUGGCUAUUCUUCCAUAG